AUGGCGCUUCUCAAAGUGAAAUUUGACCAGAAGAAGCGGGUCAAGUUGGCCCAAGGGCUCUGGCUCAUGAAUUGGUUCUCCGUGUUGGCUGGUAUCAUCAUCUUCGGCUUAGGGCUAUUCCUGAAGAUUGAACUCCGGAAGAGGAGCGAUGUGAUGGGCAAUUCCGAGAGCCAUUUUGUGCCCAAUUCCUUGAUAGGGAUGGGGGUGCUAUCCUGCAUCUUCAACUCUCUGGCGGGAAAGAUCUGCUACGACGCCCUGGACCCUGCCAAGUAUGCCAAGUGGAAGCCCUGGCUGAAACCAUACCUGGCCGUGUGUGUCCUCUUCAACAUUGCCCUCUUCCUGGUGGCCCUCUGCUGCUUCCUCCUGCGGGGCUCCCUGGAAGGCACUCUGGCCCAUGGGCUCAAGAAUGGCAUGAAGUUCUACCGGGACACAGACACCCCGGGCAGGUGUUUCAUGAAGAAGACCAUCGACAUGUUGCAGAUUGAGUUCAAGUGCUGCGGCAACAAUGGCUUUCGGGACUGGUUUGAGAUUCAGUGGAUCAGCAACCGCUAUCUGGACUUUUCCUCCAAAGAAGUCAAAGAUCGCAUCAAGAGCAAUGUGGAUGGGCGGUACCUGGUGGAUGGAGUCCCCUUCAGCUGCUGCAACCCCAACUCGCCGCGGCCCUGUAUCCAGUACCAGCUCACCAACAACUCUGCACACUACAGCUACGACCACCAGACGGAGGAGCUCAACCUGUGGGUGCGCGGCUGCAGGGCUGCCCUGCUGAGCUACUACAGCAAUCUCAUGAAUUCCGUGGGUGCUGUGACGCUCCUCAUCUGGCUCUUUGAGGUGACCAUCACCGUUGGGCUGCGCUACCUGCACACAGCACUGGAAGGCGUGGCCAACCCCGAAGACCCCGAGUGCGAGAGUGAGGGCUGGCUUCUGGAGAAGAGCGUGCCGGAGACCUGGAAGGCCUUUCUGGAGAGUGUGAAGAAGCUGGGCAAGGGGAACCAGGUGGAAGUCGAGGGUGCAAACACAGGCCAGGCCCCAGAGGCUGGCUGACGGCUGCGGGGCCCCCCCCCCGAACACUGAGAAGUAGUGGACUCCAGGAAACGUGGAUACCCCCCUAAUCCAAUCUGAAUCUCCCAAGGAGAGCAGCCAUCUCACAGAGACUCUUCUGGAUGGUGGGAUUUAAAAUUCAGGAUCCCUAAAAACUUUUGUUGAAUGACCGUCUCCCAUGUGGGUGAAUGAGUCCCGCUCAGGCCCACUGUGCUAGGAUGUACCCUCACAGUGGACUCGGGGGCCUCUCAGUGGAUGGCUCU